AUGUCUCAAUCCGUUCCUUCUUCCCCUGUUCCAUCCUGGAAAGCUAGAUCUUCAGCUAGCAGGGCUCCACCUCCCCAGCCUCCCAAACGCCAGAUAUCCGUCAUUUUGGACGCUUCUGCCUCUUCCUCCCUCUCAUCUCUCAUAUCGCUCUCAGACUCUGAACUAUCUCGAAAAGAAGAAAAGGAAACUUCAAUAGCAGCUUGUGUUCCGAAGGACUUCAACUGCUUCUGGGAUAUCGUUACUGACGGCCUCAAAUGGGACGCAGAUGAAACCACCAUGCCUUCAAACAUCCAAGCACAACUCCUCAACCUCAUCCAAUCCAAUAGGAAGUUCCAACACCAAAUUGGUAUCGACAGUUGGGUCCGAGGUCUCCUCGAAGAACACUUUGUUGAUAUCAACGAGCAUUGUGAUGAAAUCGCGUCGGGAAGGAUCACAAAACCAAUGGGCAAUGACUUCAUUUUGUCGUUGACAGAACCAUACACACUUGGGUUCCGAAGAUUCUGGGUCGAUUGUGUCAUUGGUAACCAGGAGAAACACAAACUCGCUCGUCGUUCUGUCAAUCAGUUUGUGAAUAUAGUUGUUCCGCGCCCCCAAGGUUCCAGAGGGGGUACCACCUCAACUUUCAACGCUCCAAUCACUGGCUUGCCCGUUUACAGGAAGGUCUCUGAGAAAAUUAGCGGGAAGCUAGAUGAGCUCGUCCGUUUGGGUCGAUAUAUGGCUGGGAUGGUCAAAGAUAUCGAAACCACUACUCUCCAGUUCGGCAUGAGGUACAAACCACUCACCCGAAAGGAGCACGACAUUGUCGACGAGGUUAUCUGGUGGGCAGAAAGCAUCGUCAAUUUCUAUACCCUCGAUUGCGAUAGCCGACAGAAGGCCAAAAACUUCGUCGGUUUGGCUAGGUCGCUAUUUUCUGGGGACCGGCUUGCCUCCCUUGAAGCUCGCUUCAAGGAGUGGGAAAUCUCCGAGGAUGACCAACGAAUCGUGGCUGGCAACUCUUCUUCCCCCUCUUCCCCCUCCCUUUCCACUACUGGGCCCACAGAAGGGCACCAGAAGGCGCUCUUGAUCCGGCACAUAUACCUCAUCGAGCGUCACGUGAGUGCCAUCUGGCGCGAGCUCUUCUUGGCCAUCGAGCUUUGUCUCGAUGUCCAGUUGGCUUGCCACCAGUGGUACCAUGUGAUGCAAGAUAGGUAUCACCAGGCCGUCCGUAACAUCAAGGAUAUCAGGAGCAAGCCCGAUAUGCGCCUGUAUAUCGGCUUGAAAGAGCGGCGGGCUGGGAAGAGGAUGCACAAGUGGGAAUAA